AGGGAAGGUAGUCUCAACGUCCACCUCGUGCCACACUCACACAUGGACGCUGGAUGGGUGAAGACCUUCGACGAAUACUAUUAUGGAACUAAGGCAUCGGUCAGUUCAGCCAAUGUUCAGCUGAUAUAUCAUUCAGUGUUGUCUGAAUUGUUACACGACAAGAGAAGGAAGUUCACCUUCUCCGAGACUGCUUACUUUUGGCGAUGGUGGAAGGAACAGAGGCCUAUCACCCGAGCCACCUUCAGGACCCUGGUGCAAGAAGGCCGCGUGGAGUUCGCUGGCGGAGGCUGGGUGCAAAAUGACGAAGCCACUGUCAACUAUUUGCAGAUUAUAGACCAGUUCACAUGGGGCCUCAGAAAACUGAACGACACUCUAGGACCUUGUGGAAAGCCUAAAGCAGCGUGGCAUAUUGACUCCUACGGCCAUACCAGGGAACAGGCAUCCUUGCUGGCGCAAAUGGGUUUUGAUGGGCUUUUUAUAGGUCGUGUAGACUACAAAGAAAGAGAAGCGAUGAUAGAAGAAGACAGAAUGGAAUUUAUGUGGAGGGGAAGUGACGUAUUGGGCAAAAUGUCGGAUAUAAUGACUCAUUCACUGUUCAACCUGUACAAUGCCCCGGAGGGUUUUUGCUUCGACUUUCUGUGCAGCGAUGAGCCUAUAAUCGACGACCCGGACAAUAAAGUUUACAACGCUGAGAAACGGGUGAAUGACUUUGUCUUACAAAUAGAAAGGCAGGCGAAGUACUAUGAACACGACAACAUUAUGGUCACCAUGGGAGGAGACUUCACGUACCAGAGUGCGGCCAAUUGGUUUAUGAACAUGGACAAACUUAUCAACCACGUGAAUACCCAUCCUGCCAAUAUGUCGGACGUAAAUGUGUUCUAUUCGACGCCAUCUUGUUAUUUGAAAGCCAUUUAUUUGUAUGGAAGGCGAGAUAAAGCAAUGUACACUGAAAAGGGAGACUACGUACCAUAUGGCAGUGAUGCCACAACUUACUGGACAGGAUUUUAUUCAUCCCGGCCCAGUGUCAAAUACUUAGCAAGAAUCGCCCAUCAGUUCCUACAGGUGGUGAAACAGUUGACAGUCAUAGCGCGUAUGGGUGAUUCCUACGAACUUCACCUCUUAAGACAUGCUGUCAGCCUGGUACUUCAUCACGAUGCAAUAACAGGCACAAGUCAGCAGUAUGUCGCCAACGAUUUUGUGAGAAUACUCAGCGAAGCGGUUGAUGCCUGCUCAAAAAAAGUUUCUAACCUUUUAAGUUACUUGACUCCAACUUGGGGCAACACAAGAAGAUCAAAGAAUUCCCAGCAGUUUGUCGUUUGCCACCAACUCAACAUCAGUCAAUGUAGGUUUAUAGAAACUCAAGAGACAAUUAUCCUGCUACUGUACAAUCCGUCCAGCGUGAAGACUUACCAUUACGUGAGACUGCCGGCGGUAGCGUUACACUACUCCAUUAGAGAUUUUAACGACGAGGAUGUGGAAUACCAACUGGUCCCAUUGCCUACUGCUGUGAUCAACAUUCCCGGGAGAUCAUCAGCAGCCAUACAAGAGCUGUACUUCGAAGCUGAGAACAUCCCACCGCUGGGAUACACCGCCUUCUACAUAACUCCAGUCAGAGACCAACUGGAAGAAAAUUCGUAUAAGAAGAAAUCUUCUCAACCCAGUUUGGAACCAGAACAGGAGGUGGUUCCGUAUAUUUCGAACGAGUAUCUUCGAGUCAGUGUCAACAAGGAGACUGGUCUUCUGGAGUCCAUCCAACAUGUGGAUGGAAUGACAGUGCAAGUCUCUCAGAACUAUUACUACUACGGACAGGGGCAAGGUGCUCAAUCUGGGGCUUACAGCUUCCGACCGGAUAAAGAACGACCUACUCCGGUAACGGAACGUGUUACAUUUCAAACUGUCAGAGGAACGCUAGUCAAAGAAAUAAGGCAAAGAUUCAACGACUGGAUAACACAGAUCAUAAGGCUGUAUAGAGGCGAAGAAUUCUUGGACAUUGAAUGGAUCAUUGGUCCCGUACCAAUUGGUACCGAUUUAGGCAAAGAGGUCGUAACUGUAUUUACAACGAACAUAUCCAACAACGGCCAGUUCUACACAGAUUCUAAUGGACGUCAAAUGAUGAAGAGGACCUGUUGGAAUGAUAGUGCAGGCCAACAACAGAAGAAGUCGGUUCAAUCUUGCUACUAUCCUGUUUCGUCGAGAAUCUGUAUACACUCUCUGAACACCAGUGUGGAAAUGUGUGUCUUACCAGAUAGGACACAAGGUGGAACUUCGUAUAACGAGGGGGAGAUAGAAUUGAUGGUUCACAGAAGACUGCUCACUGAUGAUGGAUUCGGUCUGGAAGAAUCCCUGAAUGAGGAAGCCUAUGGCGUGGGGCUGGUCGUGAGAGGAAAGCAUAGAAUACAUUUGGGGAACUUCAAGCAGGAAAGUUGGUAUCUUGAUUCGUAGAAUGAGUUUUUGACGUGACAACGUCUUAAAUUAGGUUGCGGCUGGGAGUCACUUAUGAAAAAGUGUAACGCUCGGUAACGUUACGAUGAGUCUCUCGUGUUAAGUUUAAGUUUACAUGUACAAUGUUUUAGUAAACAAAAUAUAUUUCUAUAGUUAAAAUUUGUGCAAUUCUUAUUUUCAUUCAAUUCCUUGUUCCUAUUGUGCAAUUUAAUUAUAUUCAUAUCAAUAAAUAUUCUACCGAGAAAAAGACGUUGUCACGUAAAAUCUUCGCCCGUAAAACCGACUUUACAGGCAACCAUUUUUUAAUGCAUAUCUUUACUUGUUUUUUGGUCACAUACUCUCUUUCUCUCUAAGUGUCGCCGCACACGGGCCACCGACCACAACCACAAAACGCCGCCACCAGCAUAUUUCUUGUAGUUUUCAUACAUUUCAUAUGGACUCGCCACACGCUACAAAUCGUCGUUGCUCGCUUCUUGUGGCCCGCACCGGCCACUUAAUGCGCCGAUACAAAACGCCGCCACACGUCACUCGCGCGAUUCCCCACCCCUCUCUCCCUUACCUUAGUCGGCCGCUGUCACGCGCUUCAGCCACUUUAGUAGCCGCUUCUAGCCUCUC